GUACGCUGUACACACACGCGCGCGCACAACGGUUAUUGUAGCUGACACGGUUUCGUAAGUGGGUACUGCGGAGAGUACAUAUAAAAUCUACGUACCGCUUUGUGCCAUGUCAAAAGUGCAAACACCACAUUAUUAGGGUUAACCGGCGUGAACACGGAAAACCAGAUAAACUUCGUAAAAACUUUUAAGCUAUUUCGUUAUCGGUCAAUCCUUCAACCACUAUGGAAAGUUUAAAACACAACAAAAUAUGCAACAAUGUUUGUCCACCAUUAAAGAAACAGGUUUGCAAAUCAGAAAAACCGAACAUUAAAGUGUCUAAUCAUCAAAAGUUCGAAAUAAAAGUUCCACCGGUAUUCAACAGUGGACACAUUGGAAGUAAUCUUUUGAAAACAGAUACUUCUCCGAACGUUCCGCUUUGUCAUGCAAUACUGAACCUGUACAAUCCAUUAAACGAUCCGCAUUUAAAAGUCUGGCUUAGUUCGCCAAAAAAACAAAAAUUUCUAUACAAACAAGGACUUAUUUCCUCAGACAAUAAAGUCAUUAGUAACAUAAAAGAUUACAGUGAUCGUCAACAAUGUUUAAAACGCAGAGAUAAUUAUUUAAUGAAUCUACAGCGAAAACGCGAUGAAAACCAAAAAAAAGAGCAAAUACAAGUAUUCAAAGCUGAUCUCAAUAAUAAAAAAGAAAUAGCAAGGAAAUUGAAAGCUCUGAAGAACAUCUUUUUAGAAGAUAAGUUACAAAAAAAAAUACCAAUUGAUCGUACAAAAUUUAAGAAACCUGAGGAACCGAAGAAAUUUAAAAAUAUCAAAACAUACACUAUAGUUGGAUUGAAUAAACAUGGUAAAAGAGACAUGAAUAAAUAUAAAGGCACAUUCAUAAAAGGUUCUCCAAACGAUUAUCAUUUAUUGGGACUUUUCAAUGAUUUU